CCGGAAACGCUCAGGAUUUACUGGAGGCACGAGGUUAAAUGAAAUUCGUGGCCCCUGGAUCCUGGUACUCUACAUCCAUUCCCUCGCGUGCGCCAUACCCACCGAUAGCCCUUCAUAUACUGAUCAUCCGCGUAUACCCAGUUUGUGGUCUAGGGGUCUCAAGUUGUUCCUAGGCUAAUCUCACUCUACCGUUUUCGGUACGUUGUCUCUUUUUCCUUUUCCUCGCGUCCGUUGCACGCAUCCGCGCUUCCUUUAUUUACUUCGCAUCCACUGUACGCACCGGCCUCCGUGCCUACUGUCAAUCUUGCCUGGCGGCCGCCGUAUGGCCUCGGCCGCGCCUAUAUUCUUUUCGAUGUAUCUUCGCGAUCUGAUUCUCGGUUCUUUAUUGCUAGCUUGAUCUUUUUGCUGAUUGUAAGUAUUCGGUUUUGCUGAGGGUAAAGGUAUUGCGACCUUUGACAGGUAGGAUCCCGUAUGCACUGCUUGUCGUCGCCGCGCCACUUUUUUGGUGCCUGUUCGGUCGCACAAAAACAUGAUUUGAAGCACAGCCACUCACAGUUCUUUCCCCAGCAUUCGCACAAGCAGGGGCUUCACCGACUGUAUCCUGGGGAAGGCAUGGCUAAGAGAUUUGCCUCCGCCGAUAACAUUGGUAAACCCAAUUCUAGUCUCGCAGAAUGGACGUCCAAGAUCAGAACCCUCCAGAACAUGGUUGACGAAGAUGCUGCCAAGGAAAGGACACAACUAGAACUUGAGAUCGAGAAAAGCAGAGAAGAGCGAUCCCAUAAAAAGGCACAACCAGGACAAGGGAAUUUCGCUUUCCGCCACGCGACAGAGGUGGACUCGGAGGGGAACUUGGUACACGUUCCGUCCCACCGCUCGCCUCCAACUUCUUUGGCAGAGUUUAUAGGCGGUCGGGCACCUGGCCCACGUCUGAACAAGCACAAACCUCAGCAGAAUGUCGAUGACCCCGCCGCCUUCGAUCUCAGACCGUAUGCUGAUGGCGGAUCGCCUUUAUUCCAAGUAGCCCUGGGUAUGAUAAAAGAGAGAAACACCCAUGGGCCACCGGGAGGAGUGCGAUUGCCUGGCAUGACACCAGAGUUCCAAGCUGGCCAGAAUGGCGAAGCAUCACCUCCUGACCGAGCGGACCUUUCCGGCCUUAAUCCCCCAGCCCAUAAGGAGGAUGAACAUAGUGCCUCCAUGUCAUCCCUCAGGGAAUUGUCCGUCACUGCAAAUCCUUUGCCAGUGCAUGAUUCGUUACCUCCAGCUCCAAUGCAAAAUACCAACCUGAAUCUUUUAUCCCCUACUUCCGGAUAUGAGGGGUUGGAAAAGGCUCUAACAUCCAAUCCGACAAGAUUGCAAGGCCGCGGAUUUGUAGGGGAAAGAGUUAAAGUUUCUAAUACCUCAAGCAUUGCCAUCCCAGUGUCUCCAGCGCUUCCAACGGAAUGCGGCCUUGCUUCUCCUCGGUCGCCUCCAGGUUCCCUGGUACGCGAUAAAUCAGUCCUUAACCGUUGGCCGCCUGCCGCCAAUAUAUCUGGCGAACGCGGUCUUGUUGAACACUGUCCACAAUCCUCAAGGGGUCACGAACUUUCUGAUCAGUCUCAUUCUAGUAAUAAUAGCGAUCGUUCGAGGGCUUCGGGUAUCAUAUCAAUGGGGGCCACACAAGAGCCUGGUUUGCCGCUGAAUGAUGACGACCGCCCAACGCUCGUAUAUAAGGGGAUGGAAACUUCGAGGCCAAGUUCAGUCGGUCCUUCUGCAGAUAAAGCAUUUAGUGGGUCACGAUUUCCCCGGGGGUCAUCUUCGCUCACGCACGUUACUAAGAAUAGAGCACGCAAGCCUCCCAGCAAAUCAGGUGCCUCGGCGACUGAUGAUUCAGAAGUUGCGGGUACAACAUAUCUCAGCCCUGUGACCGCCCCAGAGGCUCCAAUGCAUUCCAAGCCUCUCGUCGAGGAGUCCAUCAUUGGAUCAACAGGGCGCGUCGUGGAUACACGGGACGGUCAGGUUAUCACCAUGAAAGAAACAUCGGCUUCGGCAAGUGUUCCGCGGGACAGGGACGCUGAUUCUGACGGGAACAAAUCACAUCCUCCCGUUUCUUCUGGUACGCGUGCCCUCCCGGGCCUGGUACAAUCCUCAACAACGAAGUUGGUCAGACUCGGAAUGUCACAGGAGUCAGCUGUGGCACCCCGUGCAUCAGGCCCGAGAGCGUCAGUUAGAGAGUCAUGGGGUGGACAGCUCCAAUCCGAAUCCGAGCUCAAAUCAGUCGUGUCCAUCAGCCCCCAAGAGUUGACUGCAGUCACAAUUAGAAAAGAGGUCGCCACACCAACCAUCCUGAGGAGUGCUGAGGCCCAGUCCCCUCCUCCCAACCCACCCUCUCCACCCACAACAAUCUCCAGGAAAGGAAGAGCAGUCAUUUCGGAGAAAACCAAAUCUGACCCGGUUCCCCAAGUUGACGAGUCCCUCCCCGUAGUCGACGUGAGAUCCAUCCUACAGUCUGCUGCCGUGAAGCCACCCCUUUCGUUCGACUUGGCUUAUACCCCAAUCUCUACCGAGGUUUUUGUCAUCAGAGGUCGAAAUGCAGACUCGGUGUCGUCAUACCCUCAUAUAUUCUACGACACGGAACUUCGGGUUAUCUUGUACAGAUGCAAGGAACCUCGCAGUAGCGAACUUGCAUCGACAGUUAUAUGGGUAUGGCGAGGGAGGAAUGCAGCAAUGGGAGGAGAAGAAGAGUGGAAGAUUCGAGAUUUGGAAUCGCGAUUCGGCACGAAAGCUAUACGGUGCAAUCAAGGAGGAGAGCCAUACGACUUGGUUGGGUUGCUCGGAGGGGUUGUAGCAAUUCGUCGUGGAACUCAAGGCAAUUGGACAAAUGUAAAUGCAACAAUGCACUGUGUCCGUGAGCUGUCCUUUGGAAUCGGGAUUGUCAUCGACGAGGUCGACCUCAAUAUUUCAAACCUUUGCUCUGCAUUCUCCUAUGUCAUCGGGGCCCUUGGUCAAAUAUAUGUUUGGCAUGGGCGGGGUAGUCUCCCCACCGAGCAGUCUCAAGCAGUCUCUUAUGCAGCGCUUAUGAGCAGGGACAAUCUUCCCGUAAAGGAAUUUAAUGAAGGGAGGGAAGACUCAAAGUUUUGGACGUAUCUCGGUAAUGGCAGUUGGGCGAACGCAAGAUUUUGGAGCGAGCGGCGGGAAUUACAGAAAAGAACACCCAGUGCGUGGAGUGUGGCUUUCCCCAGGAUUCACUUUGUCCCAUUUUUUGGCAAUCAGCACUUAGAUCAUGGUACGGUGUACGUUGUGGACGGCAUACUAGAGCUAUUUGUUAUUGUUGGAAAGGACGCUCGGUCUCAGCGGAAUGAUAUCCGCCUUGCUCUAGCACUGGCCGAAGGAAUCUCCUCAGUCACAGCUUCUGAACGCCCGUUUGAAGCCCCUGUGCAUGUCGUGAUAUUACCUAGCCAAUUGCCGCUUGACCUGCGCGUAGGUCAUACUAGGUUUUUGGAUGAAACUUUAGUCAAUGGCGGGGCCAGUCCCGGUCAUCUGAAUUUGCUUCAUCUUAAAUCAGCUAAAGCCCAGGUAAGUGGUAGUCACUAGUCGACUGAUCCGGUUGGUAACUGUGUUGCUGGAAGCUGGUCAAGUCAUCUAUUGGCGAGGCGGAGGACACAUCGUUGCUACCACCUGGUACAGCGCCCUAAUUGGACUUGAGACCAAUGCGUACGCUGUUCGUGAUAAUGGAACGUGCCUAAAUAUUUUGAGGUGGCGGUAAAGGGCGUAAAUGUGGUUCCCAAUUACCAAUGCCUAGAACAACCACGGGUGUUCAUAUGGGAAUAGAAAUCAGAUUUCUCUUCCACAGGGAAAGAAGCAUAAGCUAAUCGCAGACAUUGCAACAAACAUGAGCAAGCCAUAAGAUGAUGGUUAA